AUUUAAAGCCACGCGCCCCCCCCCUCAUAGCCAUAUAAGUACUCCCCUCGCUCUCUACCUACUUCUAAACCCCAUCGCCGUCUUCUUCUUCCUCCUCCGCUCUCUCUCAUCUCGCCGCCGUCACCAAUCCAAUGGCUUUGCCGAACCAACAGACUGUGGAUUAUCCGAGCUUCAAGCUCGUCAUCGUUGGCGACGGAGGCACCGGAAAGACCACUUUCGUGAAGAGACAUCUUACCGGAGAAUUUGAGAAGAAAUAUGAACCAACUAUUGGUGUGGAGGUUCAUCCUCUAGACUUCUUCACAAAUUGUGGAAAGAUCCGCUUUUACUGCUGGGAUACUGCUGGCCAAGAGAAAUUUGGUGGUCUUAGAGAUGGUUACUACAUCCAUGGGCAAUGUGCAAUUAUUAUGUUUGAUGUUACUGCAAGAUUGACAUACAAGAAUGUUCCUACAUGGCACCGUGAUCUUUGCAGGGUUUGUGAGAACAUACCCAUUGUUCUCUGUGGAAACAAGGUUGAUGUGAAGAACAGGCAGGUUAAAGCUAAGCAGGUGACCUUUCAUAGGAAGAAGAACCUGCAGUACUAUGAGAUAUCUGCAAAGAGCAACUACAAUUUCGAGAAACCUUUCCUCUACCUGGCCAGGAAGCUUGCAGGUGACACCAAUCUUCAUUUCGUCGAGUCUCCAGCUCUUGCUCCCCCAGAAGUCCAGAUUGACAUGGCUACUCAACAACAGCACGAGGCUGAGCUUGUAGCUGCAGCUGCCCAACCUCUUCCCGAUGACGAUGAUGAUGCAUUUGACUAGGGUCCUUGUUAGAAAGGCUUUGCUUCAUUCAAUCCCCAUUGUUUCUUUUCGGGAUCCUUCUGGAAAUUUCAGCCAUAGAGGCAGAAUUUGGAUUUGGUUUUGAGCAUAAUAUUUAUGUAUUGAAUACAGUGGAUCGUUUUAGUUAAGAUGUUACUUUUACUUGUUUUAUAAAGCCUGUUCAAAUUUGCUGCA